CUUUGUUACAUUUUUUUCUAUUUGCACACUUUCCAGCUUGAACCUUCACAACAUUCAGCUUACAUUCAGCAGUUUCUAUUCAAAGCUGUUGUAACACCAUGGCCACAACAGGGAAUGUAUAAAAGUGAUUCUUACAGAGCUCCUUUGGCCAAAGUAUUUGAUGUACUCUCUGAAAUACAAAACUUCCACAUUCGAAAUACCAAUAUAUCAGUUUCAUGGAAUUGUUUACAAGUUUCUGAGACUGUGAUUAAGGCAAAGAAAAGAAUCAAACCAUUAUUUCCUGAGUAUGGAUGUCUUCUUGUAUCUCCAGCUUCAUUUUGGAGCAAUAGUUGGGAGAAAUAUAAAUCUGAUACAAACAUAAUACACACAAUCAACAAGUUUGAUGGAAAACACAUUAAAACUUCCCAAUCUAUCAAAGAACUAUUAUUUGGAAUCUCAUCAAAGCAGAAUGACAUUGGAAAAUCCGACUCAGUAAACCAAGUUGUAAAGUUUGCUGUUACUCUUGUUCUACAGAAAUACCAUCCAAGGUUAAUACAAGAACUAAAAAGAAAGAUGGAACAACUUUAUGCAGCGCCCGUGCUACCAACUGCUUGUAAGAAAUGUAGUCGUGGGGAAAAUCCAAUUUGUCGCAACCUUACUGAAAUAACAACACAUGUUCAUUUUAAGCCACAAAUGCAGUUUAAUGAUCUGAUUCCAUUGUUGUCCACAUAUUUCUUCCUGGGUUGCUACAUUUACUUCUCAGUUCGAAAAAUAAACUUUGUAAAAAGCAAAAUAGGAAUGGCGUUUAGUGCUGUGGUGAGUGUGAUGGCUUCACUUAUGAUGGCAGUUGGUUUGUGCUCACUUAUUGGACUCACUCCAACUUUAAAUGGAGGAGAAAUGUUUCCUUACUUGGUGUGUAUCAUUGGACUUGAGAAUAUAUUAGUGAUCACAAAAUCAGUUGUUGCCACGCCGACCCAUCUUGACGUUGAUCGACGAGUGGCUCUUGGUCUCAGCAGAGAAGGAUGUUCUAUCACCAAAAACUUGUUGUUAGAAUUUGUGUUGAUUGGUAUUGGCUAUUUUUCCUUCAUACCAGAAAUACAGGAAUUCUGUGCAUUUGCACUUGUGGGUGUUCUAUCUGAUUUCUUAAUGAACAUGAUGUUUUUCGUCACCGUGCUUUCUAUUGACACACGAAGACUUGAUAUAACUGAAGACAUCUACACACUCACUGAUGAUGAUUUAGAUAACGAUGAAUUCAACACAUACUCAGAAAGAAUCAAAAGUGAAAUUUUAUUCAAAAGGAAACAAAUAAAAAAGAAGCGGAGAGAUUUGGUUCACUCAGUUGAGACAGGAGGGAAAAAUGCAACGUAUCUUAAAAUCCCAAAACGCCUCAAAGUCGUUUUCUUUUUUGCAGAUACACGAAUGGUGCAACGUGGUCUUAUGGUAUCCAUGGUUAUUUGGUUCGUGUUACUUGUAUAUAGUGAUCCUGUGGGAAUCAGAAAAAAAGCACAAUCUAACUUAAAAUAUGACGAUUCAGUUGCCAAUAAGUUUGAUUUUUUUGACUCAACAUUAGAGGUUACCAGCCCUUCACCAGCCAUCAACACAAACGGUGAAAUCAACUGGAGCAUGAAAGAUCUUCAAUCCUAUGAAUAUUUAUCUUUCAGACAUUGGCCAACUUUAUUUGCUUAUUACAACAUUACUUUGGCUGAAAGAUUUAUCAGUAUCCUUCCUCCAAUACUAAUCCCUGUUACAAUCUCACCUGAUGAUGCAAAACUAUCUCGUUAUCCACAACAACAAUCACUAACUACAACACAAGAUAAACACACUGAUGAACAACAUGGUGUGAUUGAAUCCAAUUUUAUUCCUGCUCAUUUCUACACUGGUAGAUAUCAGAUGACAGGACUUGAUUAUUACCUCACUUUGCUUCUUGGUGCGAUCUCUGGUAUGUUCAUGGUGUUUAUUCUCCACAUCAUGUAUCGAUGUGUUUGCUCUCGUAAUUAUGCUAACUGGAGAAAACCAAGAAGGAAUCGUCAAACUGUUGGAAGUUACAUUAGUUCUGUUGGCGACUCAAUGCCAAUUGUGCUCGCUGGGCAUUCACAGUUAAUUGAGUGUGUACGAGCAGAAGGGACAAAUGUUAUUUCUUCUGAUAUUUCAAGUGAAUUAAAAGUAUGGGAUUCUCAUUCAGGGGAUUGUACGUGUACAAUACAACGAUGUCUUCGGGAAUAUUCACUUGAAUCUCAGGAAAUCUCUCAAUCAUCGAUACACAAACAUCAACCAAUGAAAGAAACCAUGGUCUGGUGUCUUACUAUGUGUGGUGCAAUGAUUGUAACAGGUUGUGAUGAUGGAAGCUUAGAGGUUUGGGACUCAACAAGUGGUGAACUUAAAUGUCACCAUGAUGCUGGGAAACCUGGUGUUGUGUUUAUGGAUAGUGAAGGAACAAGGAUUGUGGUUGCAAGGUUAAGUGGGACGCUGGAUUUCUUUAUUCUCGAUGGAUCAAGGAUGUCAAGGGAAAACCAAGUUCAAUACAGAGGAACAACAAAUCGACAUCGUAAUAAUUCAUCGGAAUUAUUGAUGGAUCAUCCAAAUUCUAAUCAACUUUCUCUUCAACUGAUCUACACUGUUAAAAGUGCUCAUCAACAACCCAUAUCUGCAUUCAAGAUGGCACUAGGAAGAGUGUUGACUGGAAGUUGUGAUCAUACUUUGAAAUUAUUUACAACACAAGAUGCAAGGUUCCAAUCCACUAUGUUUGGCCACAUAGGACCUAUUACUGUUUUAUACAUGGACAAGGCAAGUAAAUUGAGUGUUCCAGCUGGUGCUGUGAGUGGUUCUACAGAUGGUUGUGUUCGACUUUGGGAUUUAUUGACAGGUUUAUGUUUGCACAAGAUGGAAGAACAUGCAGGUGCUAUUACUGCUGUCCAAUGUUCUACAUCUCAUGUUUUAUCAACUGCACAAGAUAAUAGAUUGUGUAUUUGGUCAAGGAGGUCUGGAAUGUUACUUCAAGUCACUAAACUGGAUAUAGGAUGCUCCUCUGCAUUGUGUCUGCUUGGUGAGAGCUGGUGCGUGACGGGAGGUUCUGGUUCAUUGCUUUUAUGGGAUAUAAGAAAUGGUGAAUUACUUCGAAGAGUUGAGCUUUAUUAUGGAUCAAUUGUCCCUCCAAAUGUAGUUCAGGUUUUCCCCAUAAGCGACUUAAGAAUUGUUUGUGUGCUUGGACAUGAAAUGAGAAUUGUUCGUUUUCCUUCUGUCCUUGAAAAAAUUGACUAAAAACGUUUCAUUUUUUUGUUUUCUAUUUAAUAAAGCAAAAGCUUGCUUUCCACAACUACUUUAUCGUUAUUAAUUUUUGUGUAGUUUUCAACAUCUUAUACUCUUUAUAAAACUAUAACAGUUUUUCCGAAUGAUGCCAUUCCUAAAUUUGAACUAGACUAUUUUUCAACCACGUUGUUAGGUAUUUUAAUACUUUUUUGACAAAAGUUUUCUUUAUAUUUUAAUACACUGUGGUAGCUGAAAGAGUUGUGUUUGAGAGUUUAUGAGGUUUUUAGAAAUAUUAAUCUGUUUCCAAAUGUACCAUCCGAACUGAUGUCAGAAUUUGUUUUCAUUAGUAAUUUGUUUAUUGUUUUUGGGGGAAGUUGAAAGAUUUCAUCCAAAAAAACAAUUUUUUCGCACAUGUUUUGUAUUCAUCUCUUGCAAAAUAAUGGUUGAAACGUAAACCUUUUCUUAAACAAUCGUUUUUUAAAUAAACUUCAAAUGUACAUCA